AUGCGGCAGCGCAAUGACGCCGAUUUCAUAGAUUUACUAAACAACCUACGGGUAGGUGAACUGACGACGGCUCAGCUGCAAUUAUUAUGUGAACGGCGGCAUGUGCCUUUAGAUGGUGAAUUUGCGGAUGGAGUCGCCGUUCGUAUAUUUCCUACAAUCCGACAAGUCGAUUUUUACAACGACAGAAUGAGUGACGAAAAUUCCAAGUUGCAUAAAACUUAUGUAGUUAAUGCAGUGGAUGAAUCUCGGGAGGUAGCGACAUAUGGUAGAAGACCACCAGAGAACGUUAUUCCCAAAGACGUAAAUAACUGUGGUGGUCUUCUGUCAUCAAUAAAAAUCUCUGUCGAAUCACGAAUAAUGCUGCGACGUAACAUUGAUGUCUCUCAAGGGUUAGUGAAUGGAGCGAUGGGCAUUAUAAAAAAAAUUAAAUGGCCUGCCUUAAGGAGAGACCAACUUGAGGAGGGGGAACUACCGGAAGCUGUCUACAUUAAAUUUGAUGACGACUCUAUUGGCCUAAGGCUAAAAGAUAGUGAUGGUUGCAUACCCAUACCUCCAGUGUGCACAACAUUUCAGGCAGUAAAGGGUUACGGAGAUGUGGAGCGUCGUAUGCUGCCCCUUAUCUUGAGCUGGGCGGUAACAGUUCACAAACUACAGGGCACGACCCUCGAAAGAGCUGUGAUUGACUUAGAUAAAAAAAAUUUUGCAAAGGGACAAAUAUAUGUUGCGCUAAGUCGUGUCAGAAGUAUAGAAGGUAUAGUUUUGUCAGAUUUGGAUGCCAACAAGUUACUUAAUCGACCACACGACGACAGGGCGUUGGCAGAAAUAACUAGGUUAAGAAAUCUUCGUUCCAAUAUUUAA